GUGGAGUGGAGUGUGGAAGACAGACAAAAUGGCUGCUGUUACGUUCGUUAUAAAUCCUAGUUGAUCGAAUCUAAACAGGUUCAUCAGAUAAAGUAUAGGUUCAAAGCGGAUUUCUCUCAGGAACGAGGAGCAGUUUGUUAGAGAGGACCCAAAGUGAGGAAUCACAAUGCAGAAUUUUGAUGAUCUCGACAUUGAAGGGAGAAAUCCCAGUCAUAAGUCUGAAGAGGAUAGAGAAAAGGAAGAGCAUGAUCGAAAGCGAUUGAUGAGAACGAGUGUGACGGCAGAGGAUGGAACCUUGAGGCCAGUUUAUUCAGAAACAGAAGAUGGUGACGUAUGGUGCCACAUAUGUAACGUAGCCCUGUUUGGAGCCCACAAGCUGCUCAGUCACAAUACCUGUAAUCGGCACAAAAUUAAAUUAGACGAGUGGCCCUAUCCGGUUUUGUUGUGGUCGAAACAGUCUGACAUGAUGAAUAAAAAUACGGGCCAACCACCGCCGAGCUCGAAUCCUUUAGCACCUGGCGAACCAAUUCCACCAGGUAUGGAGGAUCAGAUUUCCAGGAACACGACCAUUCAGGUUAGCCUGGAUCGACACAGAAGUUCGCCUCUUGUUGGUCUUGAAUAUCUACUCGAGUUGGUAGAUAAUGACUCCUGUGAACCAAGUUACACCUGUGUUUUGUGUGAUAAACGUGGAGAUCCGCGAACUGUAAUGGCCCACAUCACCAGUUACAAUCAUCGCAUCGCGUAUUUGAACAGACACUUUCCGACAAUUUCGCGAGCGAUCACAGAAUUGCCCCGCACUGCGAAUUAUAAGCGCGGAGCCAAUGAAAUUUCGGUGUUAGUUGCGAAGAAAAUUGAAGAUCACCUUGGCAGAUUGCAGCCACAGUUGGUGGACAAGGCUCAAUUUGAAAAGAACAAGAUACAGUACGUGAAACGGGUGUACCAAGAUUUUCACUUUAGGGAAACGCCAGAGUUUACGUUAAUGGAAAUUUAUGAUGUGCGAUGGGUGACGAAUUUUGAAGAGAAGUCAGCUGAAGUUAUGAAUGAAGCUAAGUUGAAAGAACUGCCACCACCAGUCGAAGAUAAAAAAGAAGAAAAGACGGAAGAAAAGGGAAAGGAGAGGGAGAGAGACAGGGAGAGGGAGAGAGAUAAAAAUAGAGACAAAGAAAAAGAAAAGAGGAGAGAUAGUUACAGGGAUGAGAAAGAAUCUUCAUCCAGGAGAAAAGAUGCCAAGGUUGAUUCUAAAGAUACAAAAUCGAACUACAAAAUUCGGGUUUUAACGAAGGACAACAAGGCAAAUAAAAAAGCAGAAAAGUCUCCAAAGGACAAAAAUUCUACACCAGGCAAGAAACCGGACGAUUUGAAAUCCCUCUCGUCCCUGUCGAGUAUUUCUAGCAGUCCAUCCCCUGUCCGAACACCUCGCUCCAGAUCUCGUUCGCGAAGUCGCGGUAGAAAAAUAACCCAUCCAGAAAGAAAUUACAGGUCCCGUCGUUCCCGACAUUCUCGCGAGCGGUCUCGGUCCGUCGAAUUAGUUGUAAAAGAACGCGACAAGUGGGACAAGUACAAAGAACAAAUCCGCCGUGCAGAAGAAACACUCGAAAGAGCCCUGAAGUUCCACGAAAAAAAUCCCGAAAAGCAUCCCUCCUAUCCCGACGAGUGGAAGAAAUUCUGGAACCGAAGAUAUAAGGAACUUCAAUCCGAGGGUAAAGACCCGGGAAAACAUGACUUCAAACCCGAGUGGAUUGAGUUUUGGAACAAGCGAAUGCGCGAACUCCACACCGAGCAACUGGAGCAGAGAAAGGGGGAGAUUCGAAAAAGAUUAGAACUUCCAGAAGAGAAACCAAUAGAAAAACACUCUUCUUCUGUUUCUUCUUCCAAGAAAAAGGAUAGGUCGCCAACUCCUAAACGUAGACAUCAGGAAAGCGACGAUGAAGUUGAAUACGUAGGAACGAAACUGCUCAGACCUGAAUUCCACAUAGAUCCUCACCACGAAAUGCGCGAGAGACAAAGAGAGAGGGAACGAGAACGGGAGAGAGAAAGAGAGAGGGAGCGUGAAAGGGAUCGCGAGAGGGAAAGAGAACGAGAUCGUGCAAGGGAGCGGGAAAGAGAACGAGAGCUGGAACGAGACUAUUAUGUCCCCUAUUCCAGGGGACGGGGAUACAGGCCACCACCUCCUCAUGCUUACUACGGUCCGCCAAGAACCGCAACUGCUCGUCCAAGAUAUCAUGCCUCCCCAUAUCCAAUAGCUGAAAAAUCACCUAGUCCCAUUGCUGACGAAAUCCUAAGCGAAGACCUCGAAAUCGUUGGACUUUUAAGACUCCUGACAGCUCUGGAAGGACAAUUGGGCUCCCUGGGUCCCAAGAUUGUCUCGCUUCUCUCGAAAGCCUUGGCAGCCGAGAAAGCAAAACCGAACUCUGCUGAAGAGUUGCUGUAUGAUGAGGAAGUCAGCGUUAUGUUUGAGACUGUCAAGGAGAAACUGAAGGGACAACUCUUUGCUGGAAUGAUUGAGAAGAUGGCAAUCGCGCCCACGAAGACUGCAAUUCAGAAUAUAGCGCAGCUUCUGCACAAGGCCACGGAGAAUAAAAAGAAGAUGGAGGAGGAAAAGAAGAAACACAAGGAACUUCUUGAGCUUUCAAAAACUAUAAAUAUAUUUAAUAGAGCGCCAUACUCGAGAGUGAUUGAUAUUAAUCCUAAGAAUCUAAAAUCCGAACCCGUGAGUGUUCCUGGAGUCGGAACUGUUGAUAAAGUCGCAAUUGCCCAGCAAAUUGCGGCAGCUCUGGUAGCACAGGGUAGAUCAAACGUCUCCCAGGAUGAAUUGGAGACAUUAAUCAACGCUGUUGUUGGAAUGGCGGAAGCUUCUCAGCAAAGCAGCAAACCUGUCACCACUGCUGAUUUUGUUAAAGGUUUAACUAGUGGAGCGAGUCCUCUUACCUCUGGCGAUGAGCAAACACCCCCUCCUGCUGCUCCCAGUCCUCCAGUUGUAAAAAAAUCCGAAAGCUCGGUCGAGUCUCGGGCGAAGCAGAUGGAGAGUUUAUCAGAUGAAGACCUCAAAUCCUUGUUACAGAAUUUCAAGGAAUUAGGAACCGAGGAACAACAUGGGCUUAUCAAUUUCUUGAAGAAGCUUGAAGCUACCGAUUUAUCGAGGGUAGAAAAGCUGAGAGCUUACGUGAAUUUGGGAACAUCAUCAUUGCCUCCAAAACAGAAAAGCCCAUCGCCCGAGGUCAUCGAAACGAUCAAAUCAAGAAAGAGCUGCUCGCCUUUCUCUUCUCGGAAAGGUAAUCAGAAUCCUUCUGAUGAUGAAAACAAGUGGAAACCCAAGGUGGACAUGUUCGCAGAGGAAGAGCAUGCAAACAAGAAUGACGAGAAGCAGAAGAAGCUUGAGUUUUCCGAUGACGAUGAUGAUUAUACAUUUGAGGAUAUUUACAAAGCCGCGGAUAAGAAUGUUAGCGAUAAUCAGAGAGCGAAAAAAGACUCACGUUCAUUUUCCAGGUCGAGGUCGAAUUCUCCGAAAUCCUGGUCGCAUUCUCGUUCAAGAUCACGUUCAAGGUCGCCUGUGAAGAUUACUAAAGAACCAACGAAGAACAGUGAUCCGAAUGCGAUUUUGAAUGAAACGAAGCGACUGAUUGCAAAUAUUAUGGGCGAUUUGCCGAAUAAGUAUACGUCGCAUAUGGUUCCAGGCUCUUCCAGCAAUAACGAUGCACCGCCGUCGCAUUCUGAGGGACUUAGGAACAAUUCGGAGGUGGAUAUUUCAAAUUCCAAUUCAAAUUCGAAUUCUUAUACACCGAAUUAUGGAAGGACUUUGACUCAGGUUAACGUUACGGGACAACCACCCAGUCAACGUCCUCCCAGUCAGCACCCUCCCAAUCAACAUCCUCCCCAGCAAGGAAGUUAUCCGCCUCCGAUGAAUCAAUUUCAGAAUUAUCCAACCCAACCUCAAAUGUUCAACUCGAAUCAAGGUUAUAAUAUGAACAAUGGGUAUAAUAAUUAUAACCAAGGGUUCACUCCUAAUCAGGGACCGGCACCCUUUAGUGGAGGUCCACCUAGUCAGUAUCAACAACAGCCUUAUGGACAGUCACAAUUUCCUGGACCUCCAGGAAUGGGACAGCCUCAGGCGUAUUCGCAACAAUAUGGAAACUAUCAACAGCAGCAGCAGCAGCGAUUUUAUUAAUUUCGAGAUUGAGUUGGUGCAGUGCUGAGCUGAACGGGCUGUGAAUGUUCUUCAAUGAUUUUGCAAAUCGGAUCUUAGUGCAGGUGUUUGUGUAAUAAGGUAUGGAAACAAGGAAGAUUUUAUGCUUUAAACUAUAGAUGAGGGAUUAAAACAUUUUUUCGAAAAAGAAAAAUUCCUAAUAUUAAAAUAUUUUGCAAUUUUCACGAAACUUUUGGGAACAACUUUCGACCAUUUCACCAUCUGAUGAUUAAAAUAAGAACUAGAAAGUUUAGAUUUAAAUUUAAAUGUGUAUUUGAAUUUCGGCAUAAAAACGUUUCACGAAUGUUCUUUUGUGUAAAAACAAUUAUUAAAUAAUUAAUAUAAGUCAUUUACGAAAACAAGAAGUUUCAGGUGAAAUUUAUAUACUUCUUGCGAAAAAUGAUUUUCUGAAAAACAAAUUACUUUAUUUAAUGUAUCACAUUAACUUGAAUAAACUUUAAUAAAUGUAUAUAGCUAAAAAGUUGAUCCAGAUUAUAUAAAGAAUGUGAAUAGUUGUCGUUUAGAAUUUAAAUACGACUUCUAACUGAACUUCUGGGCUAGAUCUUUUGUGUAGUAUAUAUUUUAUGCAUAAAUUAUUCAAAAUUUAUUUUAAGUUCUGGUUUUGUUCAGAAGAACAUUUUCGUAAAGAAAUUUCUUUAAAGGUAAUUCGAUAAAGACUUAUUUUUAUUAUACGAUAAUUGAUUUAAAUCGUACAAGAUGAUUGUAAAAAGAUUUAUACGCUCAAAUUAAAAUGCACCUUCAAAAUUCGACCUACUAUUUCUAGGCACGAUUUUCAGCGCCAGGUAAUGUAUCACAGUUGAACUAUUCCCAAUAAAAAUCCAGAAAUUUCAAACUCUCGAAAUUGCAUAAUUAUCGAAAUUUUAAAAUGCCGAAUUUUUAAAUUCUCCAAAACUAGUAACUUUUCAAAAGAAAAAUUUAGUUCCCAUUUUUUAUCUGUUAACUAAUAUUUUAUUUGAUAUAUCUGUAUGUCGUAUACCUUGAUAUUUUAAAGAGCUCUUUUACAUUUUAAAUAUGCAAUUAUGUUAAAUAAAAUAUUCUAAGAAAUAAAAAUGAUCAAAUAUGCAUUAUUUUUUCGGAAAUUUUCCUUUUUCUCAUUAUACUUUCGGUAGUUUUUAACGUCCUGUUUUUUUCUUUUUCAACAAUAUAAUAACCCACACAAUAAUAUAUGUUUAAAUUUUAAAAAGACGCUGCACGUAAUUGUAUAAUUAAAAGAAGAAUUUAAAUUUCGCGCUGAAAUCGCACAGCCACACUUAAAAGUAAUCUCUAAUUCUGGAUUCAUUGUGGUGCGAAUUUUAUAUUGUAAGAUGGUUAUCUUGGUGUAUAAAGUUUUGAAAAUGAUCACGCACACUUUUUAAAUUAAUUAUUUAUUUAAAAAAUGUAAUGCUGUAUUCAAAUCUGUUGUCUUAUUUUUUAUAUAUAUUUAUCAAAUUUUUGUGUAUUGGGAAUAAAAGUUGAUAAAUGUUGAAAUUACGUGGUCUAUAGAAAUAUUUUUUUCUAUUAUAUAAUAAAAAUCACAAAAAUAUGUUGUAACAUCCGAUUUGCAAAAUUCUAUACUAAUACUGAAAAAAAACAUCUGUUUCAGUUCCGAAUUAAAGAAAAGAAUAACUGAAUCAUUAUGUAUUAAACUGCGACUUCCUAUUCGGUACUCUCCGUCUUUAACGAAACAAGAAAUUUGAGAUUUUUUAUACGUUUCUUAACUAGAAGAUUGAAGCAUGAAGUUUUACUAAGAUUUCCGAAAGUAUGUUUUUCACUCAGUAGAUUAUGCGCACGUAGUUCAGGAAUGAAAGGAAGAGUGUGGUUCCCAUUUACAAUUAGUGUACCUAAUAUUGAUUAAAAUUUGCGAGAACGGAUUAAGAAUUUUGAUCACAAUGUGUUUAAUUUUACUUAACUGAAAAGCCUUCAAACUCUUAGAAAUUAAUGAAAUGUGCUUAAAUUUCUAUCGUAACAAUGAGUAACUUCUCUGUUACUUAUGAGUCAGAGAAUUGUGAGAAGAGAAUUCACAGAUAUUGUUUAAAUCGCCAGUUAAUUUUACGAUGAUUUUUUUUUUUAAGUUUUGAAUUGCGUCUUGAAUUGUUUGCUUGGCGGGUAAAAUAAUUCAUAAAAGGUCAAUCAAUGACAAUCGAGAGAUAUGGUAAGCGAAAAGAAGACCUUCCAGGGUUAAAUUAGUUUUAGGAUUAAUUGAUUGACAAAAUAAGUAAGAGGUAAAAUUUCGCUACGAACUCGAUUGUUUUAACCCAGCGAAUUGAUUUGUAUGUAGAUGGAUUUAAAGUACAACGUACCUUCUACGUUGGCAGAGGAAAAAAGUACUUUUUGAGCAAUUUCACAAUUGCUGAUUAUCAAACGAGGAUAAAAAAUGCUUUGACAAAAUAUUUCAUUUUUUACGUUUGAUUUUUGACUUUUGAACUCCGAUAUAUGUAUUUAGAGCAAAAUAUAUCCAAUUCUUUAAAUUAAAAAUUGCCUUUCAAGGUUUUUUUUUUAUUUUGAUUAUUUUUCCAAGCGUUUAUUUUUUUAGUUGGUGCUUGGAACUGGACCCUUAUAACUAACUGUGUAAUAUAAUUUUUAUUUUACAUUGUACAGUUUUGAGUUGAGUUAAAAAAAAUAAAGUUCUCGAUAAUAAUGCAAUUUUAUUGAUUUUAAUUCAUAAGUUUCAAAGUGGACAUGUACAUCAACGGAAAAUUUUUAAUUAAACAUACUUGGACUGAGAAAUGAAAUAUACUGUAAAU